AUGGCAUCCGAAGGUCUUAGAAUCGGCUUCGUGCCGGAGCACUUCUCCACGCCCCUCUACUUCGCCAAAGAGCACUUUGGUCUCAACGCCACCCUGGUCCCGUUCCCCUCCGGUACAGGCCACAUGAUCACCGCUCUCCGCGGGGGCGAGAUUGACAUCGGUAUUGGUUUGACGGAGGGCUGGAUUGCCGGCCUGGGCAAGGAGGAUGCUCCCGGUGACGGAGGCUACCGCCUCGUGGGCACCUACGUCGACACGCCGCUCUGCUGGGCCAUCUCGACCGGCGCCAAACGCCCCGAGAUCACCUCCGUCGCCUCCCUCAAGGGCGGCAAGAUCGGCGUCUCGCGCAUCGGCUCCGGCAGCCAGAUCAUGGGCUUCGUGCUCGCGGACCAGCAAGGCUGGCUGACGCCGGCCACGCCGCAGCCCUUCUCGGACACGGUGAUUCUCAACAACUUUGAGAACCUGCGCAACGCCGUCAACUCGGGCGCGGCCGACUUCUUCAUGUGGGAGCACUUCACGUCCAAGCGGUACUACGACUCGGGCGAGAUCCGCCGCGUUAGCGAGAUCUACACGCCCUGGAGCAGCUGGAAGAUUGUCGCGUCGACGGCGCUGGCGAAAGAGGGCGGGAAGCUGGACCCCCGGAUCAAGGACCUGUUCGCGAAGCUCGACAAGGGCGUGAAGCACUUUAACGAGAACCAGGACGAGGCGGUCAAGUAUAUCAGCACGCAUCUGGAUUACUCUGAGGAGGAUGCGAGGGAGUGGUUGAAGACGGUCAAGUUCACGGAUGGGGUCGGGGGCGUCAAGCCUGAGGUUGUGAAUAACUGCGUGGACAUCUUGAGGAAGGCUGGUGUUCUGGCUGAGGGCAAGGGAAGACAGCCAGACGCUAUGGUUGUGAGGGAUUAG